GGCAAUAGUUGAAAUUGAAAACAAUUCAUCCUAGACCUGGUUUUUAGAGCAUUUGAGGGAGGAUUUGCAGAUCACUAACCCUUCAGAUAGGAUCAUUAUCAGUGAUCAACAGAAGGGCCUGGCAAAUGUAAUAGCGAGUGUUCUCCCUCAGGCUAAGCACAGAAAUUGUGCUAGACAUAUACAUGCGAACUCGAGCAAAACUCAUAGAGGCAUGGUGUUGAAGAAACUAUUUUGGCAGUGUGCUAAGUCUACCUCAGAACCUCAACUACAGGCUUCGUUAAGUGAGUUAGGCAAGGUUGAUGUUGCAGCAGGUACAGAGUUGCGCAAAUAUGCACUGAAGUUCUGGUGCAAGGCCUUUUUUAAGACUGAUGUGAAGCGUGACAGUGUUGAUAACAACUUGUUUGAGGCUUUCAAUAGCACACUGGUUCAGUUCAGAGACAAGCCAUUGAUCCCUAUGCUUGAGUGUAUGAGAGUGGCUAUGAUGAAGAGAGUAGCCAAAAAGAAGAAAUAUGUGAAGAAGUGGCCAGGUGCAUUUGGACCAUUGAUAAUGAAAAAGUUGAACAAGAACAUACUAUCAAGUCAAGGCUGGAAUGUUGACUUUAAUGGGGAUGAUGGCUACAAAAUUAAAAAAGGAAGGUCUCAGUUCAAGGUCGGUCUGAAUGCAAGAACAUGUGCAUGUAGAAGAUGGGAUCUGACUGGUAUUCCUCGUUGUCAUGCCAUAUGUGCAAUCCUGGAUGAGGGAGAAGACCCUGAAGUAUACGUGCACUCAUGUUACUCCAAAGAAAUGUAUGUGAUAACUUACUCCUAGACGCUGCAUGCAAUCAAUGGUGAGAUGUUGUGGCCAAGAAACCAGUAUGAAGAGAUUCAUCCUCCCUUACCUAAAAAAUGAGUGGAAGACCAAAGAAGAAAAGGGCGAGAGAGGAAUCAGAAACCCAUGCACCUACAGGAGGAACACAUAUGCCGAGGAAGGGAAGAAUCAUGACAUGCUCAAAGUGUAAAGGGGAAGGUCAUAACAGAAAGUCUUGUGCACAUGGAGAAAUACCUACUACAGUUUAUACAGGGG